AUGAUCUAUGUAACAUCUAUGUUGUAGCUUUGUAGUUCUGUGUUCGGGCCAGACCCCCAGCACAAAGAUCCACCGGGGGUGGGGACGGGACUCCACAUACCUCUGAUCUUUAAGAGCAGGUAUAGCAACCCAGGACCUCAGUUUCCCCUCGAGUCGUUGGUCUGCAGCCAGCGAGUGGAGUAGGAGGAGCUGGGCUCAGAUUGCGCCUUCUCCUUCUCCAGCACUCAGACUGAGUGAGUGUGAGAUCACGUACUUGCAAUGCGGUCACUGGAGAGUCGACUGUAGCUAGUUCAGUACAUUUCCGACAGAUGACUGAUUCACGGCUCGGAAUCGCUGUGGAAUAGGAAAACCUUCCGCUUUUGUUGUGUUUAUACCUGCACCGGCCUGCCGUAAAGAUGGAUUUUAGUCUUACUUAGCUAGAACAUCUCUCCCAACCAUCUUGUUGGGCUCAUUUUUGGGGACUCCUUGCUUUCUUCUGGAAACCACCCUGUCUCUCUCUCCUCGGCGGUGCUUAUUUAGACAAGAGAGCCCAUGAAAUCGAGAGAAAUGUGGGGCAGAAACGAUUUUGAGGAUGGCCUUGAUGCGUAUAAGUCAGGUUCGAGCACGUCCUCUCCUGGAUGGGUCCCAGGCUGUGAGUCAGCAUGGCAAGGCUCUUCCUCCACCACCACCAGCAGUAACCGUGGGAGACGUCAUAGCGCCGCCUCUGACAGCGGUGACACAGGCAUUGGCACAUCCUGCUCUGACAGUGUAGAAGAUCACUCCAGCUCGAGUGGCACGCUGUCCUUCCAGCCGCUUCGCUCGCAGGGCCCCAUCCCCACGGCCCAUGUCAUGCCUUCCCCCUCCGCCUCUAGGGUCAGUGCCCCUUCGACCCCCAGCAGCCCCUGGAGCAGCUGCCAGCUGCCCUUGCCCCUCGACAGCCCACUGGAUAUGAAGGACCCCCGGCCUGUCCGUCGCUGGUCCUCCCUCACCCGGCUGAGUGGCCAGGAUAAAAGCAGCCCGUCCAGCCGAUCCUCGUACCGAUCCGACCCCCAUGGCUCCCUCGACCGGGGUCUGCUAUACGGCUACAGACAGCAGGACCCCCUGAGCACGGAUGCUCUACUGACACACGGCCUGCACAAGCUGUCCUCCAACAAUUCAGAGCUGCCGCGCUACAGGUAUGAGCUGGGUAGUGGCACUACCUUCACCAGGACAGACUCAUCCUGCUCUUCUCCGCUCAAGCCCAGCACGCUGGACCUGAGCUACAGUGCCUUACCGGAAAGUAAACCCACCACUACGAGCUCCUUACUGCUGCCCAGCCCGAGAGGACCCUCACUGGGCCACCAGUCGGUGGGUGGCUCUCCCAUCCAGCCGGCCGUUCGCACUCAGAUGUGGCUAAGCGAGCAGAUGGAGUACAGGCCCGGGCCUGAGGGCUGCGGCCUCAGUACCUGGCAACAGGAGCAGCAGCAACGUGACAGACUGAGGCAGGAGGCUGAGCUCACUCAGAUGCUGGGUGGAACGGCUCUCCCCGUCAACACUCUGGUGAAGAUAAAGGAGGGGCUCCUGAGACAGCGGGAACUGGAGAUUGACAGGCAAAAGCAGCAAAUCCUGCAGCUCCACGCCAGAAUCAGGGAAAAUGAGUUAAGGGCGCAGCAGGUCCUCCAGAACCAGAGGGGGCGCUGUGAAGAUUCCUAUCUGCUUAAAACCAAGGAGUGUCCGUUCGAUAGCCCUGUGUCCGGCCACAGUCCGCAGCCCCCACUGACCGAGCGGAACACACUGUGCUGUGAGAACAGCGAACUGGGCCGCAAACUGGCCGCCACUGAGCUGGAGGUCAUCCAUCUCAAUGAAUUCCUCAAACAGAACACACAGAAAUACACUGAAGACAUCAAGAAGCUGGAGGAGAAGAUGAAGACUCGUGACCGCUACAUCAGCAGUCUGAAGAAGAAAUGCCAGAGAGAGCAGGAGCAGAAUCAGGAGAAGCAGCAGCGCAUUGAGACUCUGGAGAAAUACCUAGCUGACCUGCCCUCGCUGGACGAGGUGCAGACACAGGCCCAGCAGUUGGAGGAGGUGCAGGGUAAAGCACGGGCACUGCAGGAGACAGUGGUCCAGCUGGAGAAGAGCUUAGAGGAAAGUCGAUCUGUGCUGCAGGAGAAAGACGCCCUCAUAGAGACCCAGUCCAAAAGAGAGAAGGAACUGGUGGCUGCUGUGCAAAGUUUGCAGGAGAAGGUAGAGAAGUGUCUGGAGGACGGAGUGCGGUUGCCCAUGCUGGACUUGAAGCAACUUGAGAGGGAGAACACACGUCUGCUAGAACAGCAGAGUCAGAGUAGCAUGCUGAUCGACAGCCAGAAGCAGCAGAUUGACAAGCUCACCCUGGAGUUGACGGCGCUGGAGAAGAAGCUGCAGAAGGAGAGGGGGAUCACACAGGAACUCCACAAGCAGCUGGCAGAGAGAGAAGAGGAGCUUGAGACCCUCUCUAAGAGUGUCUACCAGAACCAAAGACAGGCGGUUGAUGAUGAAGUGCUGCGGCCGCUCCCGGGCCCCGUGGUGCAGGAGGCGGGGCAUCUGCUGGAGGAGAUGUCCCUGUGUCUGCUGGAUUUAAAGGCUCUCUGCAGCAUCCUCACUCAGAGAGCUCAGGGCAAAGAGCCCAACCUGGCACUGCUGCUGGGCAUCAAAUCUAUGAGCUGCUCAGGUGAAGAGAACAAGAAGCCGCCAGUGGAGGACAGCUUGCGGGCCAAGCUGCUGGAAGUGUGCCAGCUGAGGAAAGACAUCGAUGACCUGCGAACCAUCAUCUCUGACCGUUAUGCGCAGGACAUGGGAGAAAACUGCGUCACGCAGUGAAGCGUCCCCUAGAGGCCGGCCUGCCUGCUUCUCCAGAGCUUCCAUUCACAGCCUGUGAGGACUGGAAGACAACAAAGGGAAAUAAUAAUAGUAAUAAUACAGAACUGGGCUUUAGUUGCCCUGCAAAAACAGAGGUCUCUGACUACUGAAUGUUGGACCAAGCUGUGAAUCUAGUUUACAUGGAAGUCUUUGUAGCUCUGUGUCUAAACGCUCAUCUCCAGUUAAGAUGGUAUCCUAUAAGAGUAUGAACUUUUGUUGUAUAUUUAUUGGGACUAUGGAUCACCCUGUUAGUCAUUACAGUAAGUGUAGGGUGAGGGAUCUCCAGAUGUUUAGAAACUGCAGUAAUGCAACAGGAACCACAGAAUACAUGUUUAUGAGCCCUCCUGCAGCUAAUAGGGAAAGGUGUGUGAAAUGGUUAGUGCUGCUCCAUCAAGUGCCUUGUGAUGUUCCACUUUGUUCCCCCUGUUGUACCUCUGCAGAGCCCAAAACCGUCACAAAUCCUCAGUCACUUUGACCCAAAGACAUUAGUCCAUCUUCUCCAUCAACCGCUGCUGGUCGCAGGUCGACGCUGAAGCAAAUUCAACUUCACGUACCAACCACCAGGCACACGGUUGUUUACUGUCUUCCGUUCAGCACCUUGUAUUUUGACAGUAAUGUUACUUUCCUCUUGUGAUUCUUGUGCUCGUUCUUCUUUUUCCUCUGGUAGGACUGUAUUAACGAUAUGAACAAUCCAAGCUCGCUGAAAAGCUCUAAGAAGGGAGGGUUAAAAAAUAAAAAAUAGGGAUUAGCAGCAGAGGCGUAGAAUUUGCUAAUAAUUGUAUUGGAUUUCAGGUAAUCAUGUCAGGAAACCUUUUUAAUUCAAGUGAAAAUCAGGAAUGUAUCUGCAGUAGAACCCAAACAGUUCCUGAUCUAGUGAAAAGAACUGCUUUCACAGGUUCUGGUCCUGAGGAAGUUCUUUUCAUGUAGCUCCAAAGAUGACAUUGAGAGGAGGAAAAAAAGAAUGUUCUUGGGGUUUUAUUUUCAAUUCAGUGAACUCUUGAACUCACUGAAUAUGGCGGGGGAAACGCACACAUGGGAUUUUAUACGCAAACAGAAAAUUAGAAUUGUACAAAAAACAAUGUCAAUGCAAAAUAGUUCUCAGGUAUUUUAAGUAGACAGUGUUAAGCCUCCACCAUUAAGGUGGAAUUGCUUUGCUUUUUCAUUUCAAAAGGGAUUUUAACUCUUUAAGAGUUGUCUGGUCUUAAAUGUUGGAUCUUUUCCAUGUUGGCCCCACACAAGAUUCUUCUCUGUAUGAUGAACAGUUCAGAGACUCGGUCAUGACAAUCUAUGCACAAACAUUUGCAAGACGAUGAAUGUUUUAAGAUAUUUAUUUAAAACAAUUUAUUCUUCGGAUGUAUCUAGCUAGCAGUAUAACUUAUAUUCAGAUUUUUUUUUGCAUGAAAGGCUUUGUCAGUGUGCUUCCAUCAUCAUGUGCAUGUCUCUGUUAUAAAGUUCAUUGUAAAUAUUGUCCUGAUGGAACAGAUUAGCUAGUUGAAGCUGGUUUAUGGAUAUGGUUUGACAUACAAAGUGCUAUGCAACCUCGUAUUUACCAGCAUCCACUAUAGACUUCAGCAGACAUUGUUUUUACUGUGCCUUUACAAAUCUAUGCAGCAAAGUCGAAAUCCUGUGUAUAAUGUAUGUCGGCAGGAUUUCCAUGAUUAGCAUGACUUGUAAGUUCAGACAACAGAUGUAUUCACCUGCUGAAAAGACUACACUCCUUGAUGAACAGUGCAGUCAUGUUAAGCCAUAGCCACAAACAAUGCAUAUUAAUACUCAGGCAAAGUGGAGACUGAAACCUGACGAGGAAUGUGCUCGCCGCACCUCCUGCUUUGUACAUUACCGGACGGCAUUAGACGAACGAGCAUGCUGUAAGUGGUGUACAGUGAUUGCAUUGCAGAUGCAAGCAAAGGGAAGCGCAUGGUUGUCAUGGCCGAUUCUAAUCACACUGUGGGAUGAAGGCCGCUGGCUGGCUUUACUGUAUGGUAUAGACCUUCUCACUGGUUUAAAUGUAGUUUAAGCUUUUAGUUUCUCAGCUAGACUUUACAUAUGCCAAAGCUCUAUUUAUGUACCAAUUUUAAAAGUAUUGACAAGUAUUUUUCCAUUUUAUACAAAAAUAAUAAAAGACAAAAAUUUUGCUUUUCAUUUGUACAGAGGAUAAAUAAAAUAUUUUUCUAAAAACAGGUGUUGCAUUUUCUUUUCUGCAUUAAUUACAAGUAUGAAACAAAACUGCACUGUUAUAGUGCAUAGACAUAGUCCAAUAUGUUUAGCCAACCUACCUCAAGCUUUUUUUUUGCCACCGUACCUCAUACUUGGUUUUCCUGAGGUUUGAUAAGUUAGAAGAGAAAGAGCCACAUUUAAAGUGU